AGCUGAUCCCUCCACUUGAUUAGAUGGAAAUGGGAAUAGAGUCAUUCUGAUGGGCUCGGCCGUACCCACGCCGUGGGUCACCUUGGCAACUCUGCUCCGAAGGGACCGCCGCGUGUCGCUGUUGCCCAGCCUCCAGAACCUUCCUCGUUGAGACGAGCCAAGGCGAGGAACAACUUCCCAAUUUCCCUCAGUCGCCCUCUGCCCAGACUCUCCCCUAUAUAUAGUCGCCGAUCGUCUCCUUCUCGGGGGUUCUCCCUCCAGACUUGUCUCUCACAACACGAUCUCCUCGAGUGAACAUUCGCAAUCAUAUAGGUCGAAGACAUGCGCAUUUCCGCUGCCAUCACCCUAGCAGGCUUGGUGGCCGGCUCGGCCGCCGCAGCCUGCCCGUAUGCAGAGCGCGCCAACACGAAGGCCGCUGCGGCUGGCUGUCCCUAUGCCCAGCGGGCUGCGGCGGCGGCGGCGGCUGCCCCGGCGAAGGAUGCCCCCGGGUUGUCGCGUCGGGGGCCCGUGGAGGGCAAAGAGGGCAUCUUUUAUUUGAACCGCAUCGGGCCCUCGGGGUCGCAACUAUGGAUCGCCAACGCGGAUGGCACCAAUGCCACGAAGCUGAUGGGCAACCAGACCAAUGCGUUUGACUACCACGCAUCCUGGUCACUCGAUGGAGAAUGGAUUAUCUUCACCAGUGAGCGCCGCGGUGCGGGCCAGUCGGACCUGUAUCGGGUGCACCCGGACGGCACCGGGCUGGAGGUGCUGGCCGACACGGAUUCGGUUGAAGACAUUGGCGUGCUGUCGCCGGAUGGCACCCAGCUUGCGUAUGUUUCGACCCGGGGUAACUUCACGACCAACAUCUGGGUCCAGGAUCUCCGGACGGGGCUGGCCCAGAACCUCACCGACACGGCGAACACCCGGGCGGACAACACCUGGCCGACGGGCCACUUCCGUCCAUCCUGGUCCCCCGACGGCCAGUGGAUCGCUUUCAGCUCUGACCGCAACACGGACUGGACGGGCCACAGCGAGGGUGUCGGCUGGGAGCACACCCAGACGCUAGGCGUGUAUGCGAUUCGGCCGAAUGGUAGUGACUUCCGCACGGUGCUGCGCCAGGAUGGCUACUCCCUGGGGACCCCUCAGUGGUCGGCCGACGGAAAGCGCAUCAUCUACAACAACAUGACCCGGGAGUUUACAUAUGACUGUCACGGUGUCUCGGCCCAGCAGGAGAUUGCCACCGCGCAGAUCUACAGCGUGGACUUCGCCACCGGGAAGGACGUGGUGGCUCACACCUCCGGCAGCUACCCCAAGGUCGGACAGCACUACAUGGGCAACUCCAGCAACAUCGGUUACCUGAUCAAAGCCGGAGACUAUGAGGGUAUCCACUACACGCAGCCCGAUGGCAUCCACCGGGCCUUCAACCAGACCAACCUGCGCGAUCCCUGGUGGUCGCCGGACGGGUCCAAGAUCGUGUACGAUGUCCCCAACUGGACGCAGCAAGAGGCCGAUCUGAAGCUCUGGAGCUUUGACGAUGCCUGGGACUACCGGUACAUGGAUGUGUUCCCCAUGCACCACACCCUGACCAACCGGCUCGCCACGACGCAGAAGGUUCUCGGCAGCGCCAACGGCUCCCUGGUGCACUCGUCGCCGCUGUACACCGACCUGGUCGACGCGCUCGACUCGUACGAUCUCUACAGUCUCGAGAACAGCACCGAGGUUGAAUGGCUCGCGGAGGGCCAGGCUGGUGCGUUCCAGCCCUCGUGGAGCCCCGAUGGCUCUGAGCUUGUCGUCGGAUUCGGCGCCUGGUUCACCACCCGCACUGAAGCCAACGCCAUCAUCUGGCGCACCUUUUCCAACGGAACCUUCCACACUAACCUCACCGACGGUAUCAGCGACAACUCGGGCUUCCCGUCCUGGUCCCCCGAUGGCUCGGCCAUGGUCUACCGCAAAUGGAGCCUCGUGACCGGCGCCCCCGAGGGCCUGCACAUCAUGAACUUCACCACCGGGGUGACCACUCAACUCACCGCGGGCUGGGACAACACUCCCGGCUGGUCUCCCGAUGGCGAGCGUAUUGUCUUCACCCGCAACAACAACUGGACCGAGUCCUACGGCGCUCGUUGGUACGCGGAUCGCUUUGACAUCUACACCAUCCGUCCCGACGGCUCCGAGCUGACCCGGGUGACGGACAGUCUGGCCAACGAUGCCCAUGCGGUAUGGUCCCAGGACGGUCGCAUCAUGUGGAGCUCCGGCAUGUACGGCUUCAAGGACGAGAGCGCCCUCUACGACGACACCUUCCAGCCGUAUGGCCAGAUCCUGGUCAUGAACUACGACGGGUCCAACAAGACCUUGGUUACCGAUACGAUCUGGGAGGACUCCAUGCCGCUCUACAUGCCCAACAAGUAUCUGGAGUAAGGUCCGGGUCGGGUGUCAAUGCUGGAGAGACAGAUGUGUAGAUAGUUUUGUACCAGUUGCUGGAUAUACCUUUUUGUUACUGAUCAUGUCUCUGUACGUAUAGCUAACUCAAUGUAUUACUUAAAGGAG